AUGUUCGCUGCUGGAAGAUUCGCGGGUUUGUUGGGUCGCUCGGGUGCUCGGACCGCGAGGGUUUCUCUGUUUAGUCGAGGACUUUCUGGUCGUGGAUUGUCCAGUUCUUUGCUUAGACAGACCAGAGUGGCCGGUCAAUUGGGUCAAUUGAACUCGCGAGUUGUGUCGUCGAAGUCUUGGAAUUCUUCCGUUAGAAUGUACUCGUCGGGUCCUCAGGCCCGUCAACAGGCCCCCAAACUGCGUUACUUUAUCCUCAUUGCUCUUAUUGGUACUGGAGCUUUCUUGUAUACUAUUAACAAGACCGAGAAGAAACUGCCCAAGACUUUCAUCACGAAUGAAGAGUAUGAGGCCGAGAAGGCGAAGAACAAACUUAAACACAAGAAGACCGCUUUUGCCGGUGAUGAUGAUGUGGCUGUAGUGUUUGUUCUUGGCGGUCCUGGUGCUGGUAAAGGUACUCAAUGUGCCAAUAUUGUUCGUGACUAUGGAUUCGCUCAUUUGUCUGCUGGCGAUCUGCUUCGUGCCGAGCAAGCUCGUCCUGAUUCGAAAUAUGGUCAAUUGAUCGCUAAUUAUAUCAAGGAAGGAACUAUUGUUCCUAUGGAAAUCACUUUGGCUCUGUUGCAACAGGCUAUGCGCGAACGAAUUGCUAAAGACGGUGUUAAGAGGUUUUUGAUUGACGGGUUCCCUCGUAAGAUGGAUCAAGCCAUUAAAUUUGAGGAGGAUGUGGCUGUGAGUAAGUUUGUGCUUUUCUUUGAAUGUCCUGAAGACGUCAUGCUUAAACGACUUCUCAAGAGAGGUGAAAGCAGUGGUAGAACCGACGACAACAUCGAAAGUAUCCGCAAGCGAUUCCGCACCUUUAUCGACACUAGUAUGCCCGUUGUCGACUACUUCUCCAAGGUCGGCAAAGUGGUCUCUGUCUCCUGUAACAACGCCCCCGACGCUGUCUACGCCGAAGUCCAAGCCGCUUUCAAGGAGCGUGGCAUCCUCCCCUCAAAAUAA